AUGAGUCGAUACCUGACCCCUGCAAAAAUCGCCAUUCUGGAAUUAAGCCUACUCUAUGCUGAAGACGUCGUUCCAACAUCCCAAGCAAAAUCAGUGCUAGCAUUUAUCCUCGCCCAAAUUCUACCCCCUGAUAAAUCCGCCGGCCAUGAUUUUGAACCUGCCACGCCUAUCUCAGCCUUUGAAUCGACUCUAUCUGGUCAACCAUCAGCAAGACCUGGGCGGUCCUUGUAUGAUCUUUUACUGAAGAAACUAUGGGCCAUCGAUUGCUCCGAUGCACUCGAAUCAUUCAUUACUAACCUACCACAACUUCUUACCAAGCCUAGAGAGCAGAUUUUGAGAGAACGGGAGACUGGUGAGGUCUCGGACCAAACGUAUGGACGCAUUCUUCGGACCUCUCCAUUGGGCCUCUUCAUCCGCCGGUGCCACCUCGAAUAUGAGCGUUUGCAAUUUCAGGACAGUAUCACACUCUGGCAAGAUUUCAUAGUGUACCGUGCUCCCACUCGACAGGCGCACGAGAAGAAAAAUCCUCCACUUGGAAGAAGUGCAAUCGACGGCAAUUUUGAAGAACUUCAAAUCGAUGGCUCUCAUCCACUUGCUCAGAUUAUGUACGGAAGGCUCGCAGAGAUAGCACAAGAUCCAGACUCGACAUACAGUCCCCAUGAAGUGGAGAAACUGAUGGAAUUUCAAGUCUCAGAAAUGCAGAGACUCGGAGGUCGUCUACCAGAUGAGAUGAAAUCCAGGCUCGAGCAAAUGUCCAAGACUGGCAGAGCCAUGCCCAAACUUGGUCAUUAUCUAGCAUUCCUCGAUUCCUGGCGCGCAGGAGAUUACUUUUCCGCAUUCGACAACCUCCAUCGAUAUUUCGACUACACGAUGCAAACUCGAGAGCGUACAUUCUACCAGUAUGCACUCCUCAACCUUGCCAUUUUGCAAGCCGACUUUGGUUGUCACGCUGAGGCACUGCCUGCUAUGCAAGAAGCAAUAGCUACUGCUCGAGAGACCAAGGAUACCACAUGUCUCAAUUUCUGCAUGAGUUGGUUGUACCAUUUCGGACGAAACUUUCCCGCACAGAUGAAGAAGAUACGUGAAAGUGGUAUUCUCGGAAGUGAAACAGAAGGUCUAGCUUUCCUCAAAUCACGAGCGAGAGAUGCAGAGAUGUGGAACUUGCUCAGCACUUCGAUGCUCACCGAAGCCAAGCUCGGACUACAAUCCGGUGAUAGUCUCGCCGGGGUUUUUGAGAGUAUUGCCAAAGCCUCACAUAUCGACAUUGUGAAGUCAGCGAAUGGUACGGAUGGAUCGGCACUCCUGUUCAGAGGUGCCACCUACAGCAGGAUUGGCCUUAGCCACAUGGCAUGGUUAAGCGCGCAGACAUUUCUGCAGUGUCACGCCAAAGAAGCUUCACUGGACGAUUUGCUCAAGUAUAGCUGUCGAACAGCGGGUAUUCUCGUACACCGAGGACGGUACGACGAGGCAGAGGAAUUGUUGAACAACCUCCCUCCCGAAAUCCACCGAGUGCUUAAGUCUCACAACCACCUAACAUCCUACACGGGACUCCUCAAGGUACGUCGACUGCUGCAUCGAGGGGAUCUCGACGCGGCGGAACUCCUCCUCCAGCGACUGAAAGGCCAAGGUCGCUCGGACGUGGAGAUGGGCUUUUCCCUUUCGAUGCUAGAAAUCGAUCUCCUGCACCGUCGCGGCAUUCUGGACAGGGCACUCGAGUCGACCGAGACACUGGCCCAGAGAGCAACGGCCGAGAUCAACGACGUGAUCGUGCAGAUACGACUGAUGAACCUCAAAGUCCGGCUCCUGGCCGACAGCGACAACACGCUGAAAGGCUUCUCGCUGGCCACGCAAGCGGCCCAAAUCGCCUACCGAGCUCGAACGCUCCCUCUGCUGUGGGAAUCACUGGGCCUCCUGGCGAACAUCCUGAACACACUGCGCGAGUUUUCCGCUGCGGCGGAACUCAUGCACGCCAUCAUGCCGCAGGUGCUGGAGACGAAAGACUGCGAUCUUGCGGCACACUCGUAUUCGUUCCUCGUGGACGCCAACAUGGGCUUGGCGAACUUGGAGCAGGACCAGUCGACCAAGCAAAAGGAGUUCAUCAGCCACGCCGUCGAGCAUCUCGAUCAGGCGUUGCUGCAGUUCCGGUAUAUUGAGGAUCUGAGGGGUCAGCUCGAGAUGCUGAAGAAGAAAGCCACCGUCAUGCACUGGCAGGGCGAUUUGGUGCUGGCGAAUGAUACAGCUAGUCAGUUCAUUCAGCUAGAGAGGCAGUAUAAUGAGAUGCGUCUUUGA